CGUUAAGUCAAGCCAGACUACGAAUCUUGGCGAAGAUGUUUCCAAGAUAACGCGGCAGAUUCCCCUAGAUGCGCAUUACGAGCAUACCAGAACGAUGGGCUGCUCACGAAAACGAGCCGAGGUGCCAUCACUGCGCCCAAAGCCUAAUGGUUGGAAACUAAAUGACCCAUCGUCCUGUGGUAUCCCGUUUACCUUUAUCGCCGACGAGUAUUGAGCUUGACUGAAAGGCACUUCUGGAUUUCAUUCGACAAUCGGAAUGACUGGGGCAAGAAUCCAACUCUCAGAGGAGACACUUCACAUGUGUGAAACUUGCUUGCAGUUGGAGAGUACAUUGGAGUUUUUUGACGCCUUCAUCGUCACUGGAUGUGUCGAGCGAAGCGAGGCAAAUUGCGUAAACUCGGCCAUACCUGCGAGCAGAAUGCUCCGAGGACUGACAAACCAGCUAUGCCGUGAGUUUGUGCCACAUCGAGAAUUUGCCAGUAUAUAUGGGAGUAGCCAAACCCGAAGACGCAUGUGUGUCUUGAUACCAUUGUUGUACCCUCAGCCGCUACCAGUGUGUUCCCACCGAAGACAAACAAUCGCCGUUCUCUUUAUGUUGACAACAAGACGCAACGCGGGACCGCUGAAAACUUAGAUGAUGUGAGCCUGACGAUACCGAACUUUGAAUGCAAUUCUCCUUCUCAUUGCAAGGACGAUCUUCGAGGAACUUGUCGCGAUGAAGUCGAGUUCAGGAGG